AUGGGAUUCGGCAAAGCAAUCGUGUCCAAGUUCGCUGCUGAAUGUGCCCAGGCUAUAGUACUAGUACUAGAUAUUAUGGAGCCGAGCCGGGCGGAGGCCCAAGAUGACUCCUCAAAAAGUAUAACUUAUCUUCGGGGAGACGUGACCUCUCCGGGCGAUUGGCAAGAAGCUCUUGGGUGGGUUUUGUCUGCCUAUGGCCACUUGGGUAUUGUUGUCAACAACGCUGGUGUAUUGCACAAGGCCCAACCGUCCAUUGGGCUCAGUGACGAGGACUGGGAGCGAGUCUUCCGCGUGAACGUGAAGCAAAUCGACCUUAGCACCAAAACGAUAAUUCCCUACUUUCUGAAAGAAAGGAGGCCUGGGCUUUUCAUCAAUACCUUCAGCAUGAGUGGUAGCCGUCCUCGACCAAAUCUUGUGUGGUACGGGGCAAGCAAAGGCGCAGUCGAUACCGCAUCCAAGGGUCUUGCAGUUGAAUGGGCGCCACAUAACAUCCGAGUGAAUGCCGUCUGCCCUUCGGUUGGAGAUACAGCAAUGAUGCCACUGUUCCUAGGUCAAGACUCGAGUGCUGAGGCUCAUGCGAAAAUGCUCAGCAGCAUACCACUGGGGCGUGUGUGCCAACCCGCCGACGUGGCCAACUCAAUAGUCUUCUUGGCAAGUGAUGAGGCGAGCUAUCUUACUGGAGUGUGUCUGGAGGUUGAUGGCGGCCUUGGGAUUUAG